CCCCCAACCCAAGGCAGGGCCCUAUAGGUGGAGAGUCGUGGGAGAGGUCACGGCCCCGCCCUCUCCUCUCCUCCCCUCCACACGGAAGCUCAGUGGCCCCCCUGCCAGGAUGUCUGACACCUGGGUCCUCGGCCUCGUGCCCACCUUGCUGCUUGCCCUGCCGGCUGGCCUCCAACAGGCUGCAGCCACGUGUGCUCCCUUCCACACCUGCCCUAAAGGAUUGAAGUGUUGUGGUGACACAUGCUGCCCAGAAUACCAGCGGGAGCCCUUUGGGUUCUUCUCUGGCCCCUUCAGGAUCUUUGUCAUCAUCUUCCUGAUUUUCAUACCGCUCUUGUGCAUCUGUGGCCUGGCUAAGCACAUCUUCCGCAACUGCAGAGAGCCAGAGCACGAGCCCCCCACGGAGCAUGAGGGGCCCCCGGAACUGCCCUCCAUCGCUCCCGAAGAGAGGGUCAUAGCACCCAUUUCGGACUCCCCACCCCCCUACAGCGAGGUUAUUCUGAAGCCGGAACUGGGCCUGCCUCCCACGGAGCCACCCCCUCCAUACAGCUGCAGGCCUGAAGAAUACACCAGGGCAUGCAGAGGCAUCGACAACCCAGCCUUCUGAGCCACCUCCUCCCUGGAACCCUCCUGCCAUCAGUCACCUCCUCUCCAAGACCUCCUGGAUCAAGCCAGAGACUCCUGGGACCAACCGCCUAGAAGGUCCUGCUACACCUCUGGCCAUUCUUGGUUUUAACUUAUUGUUUUCCUACCCCUGUUCCAGGCCUGUGGCCUCACUAGCCCCAGGAGCUGAUCUGAAGGGACCCCCUCCCACCGCCCCCAUCCCAUGCCAAGUUUGAGGCUGCCAGGGGGAAAAUGUGAAUAGCUGGAGGGGCCCAGGAGUGAAUGGGCCACUCUGAGGAGUGGAGAGCGCUUCCAGAACGUCGGCUGGGCCGCCAGCUCUGAGAUGUGUUGGGGGGCACUGAUGUACUCGGGGAGACAGGGCUGCAGGGCACUGAUGUACUUGGGGAGACAGGGCUGCAUGAGCUCUGAGCCAUCUGAUUCCACCCCAAUAGGAAAGACGCCCUGUUCCCUCCCCUCCCAACACAUGCACUCACUAAAGCUCAGUUGCUUGUU